AGCCACGCCCCUGUGUAAGUCACACGUGACGUCGACGGAAACCGUGACUGCGGGCUUUUUUUCUACCACCGACACAUAUUGCUUUUAAAGGCGCUCGCUCACAGCCCAGUGGCUUCAGCUGCCAACGACCGAUGCACCCGCUGCCGCUGACGCCGCCGCGCGCUCUGCUGUCCGUUAAAUAGACCGACAACAACAAAGACAACGGCGCUCGUCCCGCGCGUGAGGGGCUGAAUGUACGAGGUGAAGAGGUCUACAGUACCAGCGUCCGAUUGUAACGUGGGCAAUUUCUCGUCAACAUUAAUGAAGCUUUCAAGGCUUUUUGAUUGAUCGGCAAAUAGAUGGGGAUUCUCCGGGGAGCUCCGCCCACCUGCGUCGCCUGCCGCCCCCCACCCCCCACCGCCGUCGGCCCCUGCUGCUUCCACCCCGUUCCCCCCCGGCCCUCUGCCCAUGCCUGCCUGCAGCCCCCCGCUCUUAACAUGACACUGGAACUCACCGAGUGGCCUUCCAAAUGGAUUUUGUCCACAGCCAAUAGACAAUAAGCUUGGAAAAAGUAGGAGGAGACAUGUCGAUGUCUGAAUAAGCCAUACACACACACACACACACACACACACACACACACACACACACACACACACACUCAUGUUCAUACACUCGCAUGCUUCGCUCACUCUUAGACAUAACGCACCUGUGGAAUGUAUCUUGCGCCUUUACUGUGAAAAUAAUUCGACCACUUCCUUUCGCGCCACUCAAGGGCACAGGAGGACCUCAAUGCCGACGGAGUUGGAUGAUACUUUUAUUUUGAAGGCCGGCGUUUAGCGGCUUGGCUGACCAGGCUCACAUUUUUGUUUUUUUGGAGCCCAGUUUUACGCCUGAAGCUUAAAUUAAUCCCCCCCCCCACCCCAACCAGAAGAAGCUUUUCACUAUCAUCCCAAUUGUGUGAUUACACCUGAAUGCUAAUUGUAAACACCACUGCACCUACUUAGCUUUGCUAUCACUCAAUGCUAUGCUGUAAUUCAGUAUUAGGUGGACAAUAACAAUUUUGCCAUUCUACAUUUAUACAGAUAUACAUUAUUUUUCCCCCAUUAUAUCACAAACAAAAACAGCAUACAUAAGUAUAGAUUGAGUAUUACCGCUUGGUGUUUUUUUUUCUUUGGUUUUGGUUUGUUUUGGUCUUUCCCGGAGAGAAAGCAAUCCCCUGUGUUUCCACCGUCCUACCACGCCACUGACCGGGGGGGCCGUCGUCACCGAGCUGCAGGGGGGGGGCGCGCGCUUGUCUUCCGUCGCGUGCAUGCGCUCCGCCAUGCCUCCCCAGAACGCCGACGCCGGCGACUCCGUGUCUGGAUCUGUGGUGGGCCUGGUGGAGUCCAAGACCCCCGGCCCGGGCCGCCACGGCGGGGAGGAGGAGGGUGGCGGGAAGGGCGGGAGGAACGGCGGGGGCCGAGAGACGGCGAGUUCGGGGGGAGAUGGAGAGGCAGGAGGAGGAGGAGGAGGUGAAGGGGGAGCGGAGGAGGCGAGCGAGGGGGCCGCCGUGGAGGGGAUCCCGUUGAAGAGGUGGCUGAUGCACGGCGCGGUGAUGUUCGGACGGGAGUUCUGCUACGCCAUGGAGACGGCCCUGGUGACGCCGGUCCUGCUGCAGAUAGGCCUCCCGGAGCAGUACUACAGCCUCACCUGGUUCCUGAGCCCCAUCCUGGGCCUGCUGGUCACGCCCCUGAUCGGCUCGGCCAGCGACCGCUGCACGCUGGCCUGGGGCCGCCGCCGGCCCUUCAUCCUGGCCCUGUGCGUGGGCACCCUGCUGGGCGUGGCCCUCUUCCUCAACGGCUCUCUGAUGGGUCUGGCGCUGGGUGACAAGCAGGGGAGCCAGCCAAUAGGGAUCGUGCUGACGGUGCUGGGGGUGGUGGUGUUGGACUUCAGCGCCGACGCCUCGGACGGCCCCAUCCGAGCGUACCUCCUGGACGUGGCCAACACGGAGGAGCAGGACAUGGCCCUGAACAUCCACGCCGCCUCGGCCGGUCUGGGCGGGGCGGUGGGCUACGCCCUGGGGGGCCUGGACUGGACCCACACCUUCCUGGGUCAGAUCUUCAAGUCCCAGGAGCAGAUCCUCUUCGUGUUCGCCGCCUUCUUCUUCACCAUCUCCGUGGUGCUGCACCUGCUCAGCAUCGACGAGCAGCAGUACUCCCCGCAGGGCGACCGCAUCGACCAGGAGAGUCCAGAGCACCCCCACGCUUUAACCUCUGGGAAGACUGGUGCUGCUCCACAGCUGACCAUGAUCGGCGAAGAUGAGCUGAUGGACAGCUACGGCCUUUACGACCCGUACGAAGACGACCAAUCGGAGAAUGGCAAUAUAGACAUAGACUUCCGGGAGGUGGAGCUUAUUCGGAGUAAGAGCGACAGCGUGCUGGCCAUGGCCGACGCCACCCUGGACCACAUGGACCACCUGGACCACAUGGACCACAUGGACCACGAGACCCUGUUCCUGCAGCAGAUCGAGCCCUCCAUCUUCGCCGACCACCUGUCCUCCUGCCACGGCUCCCCCACCCGGACCCUGUCCUUGUUCUCCCACCGCGGCUCUCCCCCGCCGCCCCCGGACCACCUCCACCCCGAGGAGGACCCCGACGGCGACCGCCGGUCCCGCUCGCCGCCGGCGGCCCGGGUCUCCCGCCUCUCGGCCUUCCUGCAGGAGAUGGACAACGACGACGGCCAGGAGGCGCUGCUCCACAACCGGCUCAGCGAGCAGCACACGCCCAACGGCCGGCUGCUGGCCAACGUGGGGAACGCUAACCGGGCCAGCGUGAACGGCAUCAGCGCGAAGGGCCAGGCGCACAAGGCCGGCAUGGUGAAAGCGGCCAGCACGGGCGCGCCGGCCCGCCAGCAGCAGCUGGCGCUGUCGUCGCGCCGCCACCACACCUUCUACCGCCAGCCCUCCUGCACCUUCUCCUACUACGGCCGCGUGGGCAGCCGCCGCUGCCGCCUCAGCCACCAGCCCCGGCGCCGCGGCCACAACCCCAACGCCACGCUGCUCAUCAAGCCCUCGCGCAGCAUGAACGACGUGUGUGAGGUGGAGGAGGAGCGGAGGCACCACCACCACCACCACCACCACCAGCAGCAGCAGCAGCAGCAGCAGCAGGGGCAGGGGCAGGGGCAGGGCAGCAGGAUGAACAGGGGCAGCAGGAGGAUCCGCCACCAGAGCGUCCACACCGCCUCCUCCUCCAGCGGGGACACGGAGAGCGACGUGGAGGUGGAGACCACGGUUCAGCUGCUGUGGAUGUCCAUGCUGAAGAUGCCCCCGGAGCUGCUGAGGCUGUGUGUGUGCCACCUGCUCACCUGGUUCUCCAUCAUCGCUGAGGCCGUCUUCUACACAGACUUCAUGGGACAGGUCAUCUACCAUGGAGACCCCACCGCGCCGGCUAACUCCACAGCGCUAGAUAACUACCACAGAGGAGUCCAGAUGGGUUGCUGGGGGCUGGUCAUAUACGCCAUGACAGCUGCUGUAUGCUCGGCCAUCCUUCAGAAGUAUCUGGACAACUUUGACCUGAGCAUCAAGGUCAUCUACAUCGUUGGUACUCUGGCGUUCUCCGUCGGCACCGCCAUCAUGGCGAUUUUCCCCAACGUCUACGUUGCCAUGGUGAUGAUCAGUAGCAUGGGGGUGAUCUCUAUGAGCAUCUCCUACUGUCCCUACGCCCUGCUGGGCCAGUACCACGAGAUCAAAAGGUACGUCCACCACAGUCCCGGUAACUCCCGCAGAGGCUUCGGCGUGGACUGUGCCAUCCUAACCUGUCAGGUGUACAUCAGCCAGAUCCUGGUGGCGUCGGCGCUGGGCUCGGUGGUGGAGGCGUGCGGCAGCGUGCGCGUCAUUCCCAUGGUGGCCUCCGGGGGCUCCCUGCUGGGCUUCUUCACCGCCCUGUUCCUGGUCAUCUACCCCGCGCCCCACGGAGGGGAGGCGGAGUCAGCUAAGGCGCUGGAGAGGCGGGCCUUGACAGCGCCGGAACAGACCAAUGGCAACCGAUUGUCGGUCAGUGUCGUCAUAGAUACACCAAGCUUCCUGAGGCUCGGCAAGAAAACCAGUACGGUCACCACAACCACCACCACCACCGACAAUUCCACUUCCUGUCACCUGGGCAACGAGUCUGCUCUGUGAUCGUUUGGCUCCCCUGGAACAGGGCGGGACCCUCGCAGAGAACUGUUGAGAUGCCCGCCGCAGAAAUCAAUACCAUUGACUCCAUAACCAAGGGAACCAGCAACCGAAGGAGACCCGCCUCUUUGUCCGUUUGUCUUCCAGCCGAGAUUGAUGAAUGCGAAGAACGUUGACCUUUCCAAAUAGCGUUCCAAAAGGAGGGGAGAAGAUGGGACCUCUAGCUGACACUGGCCGAUCUAAUACCUCCUAUUUCGGGCUUUUAGUUUUUUCCGUGGAUGUUCAAACCAACGUAUUCAUUCUGGCUCGGGACCGGCGGAGUCGUCGCCACCUGAUUGGUUCAGCACGAGUCCUGGCCAGCCGUCAACCAAUCACGACAAGCCAUCAACCAAAUUCCUCUCCUACACAUCCAACAAAAUAACCUGUUUUUGUGUGUGAAAGAUCCAUUUAUAUCACUCAGGGCCUCUAGGGGGUGCUAACGAGCAACCACCUGGACAGUAAUCUUCAGGGGACUUUGUUUUACACACAUACACGUAUACACACAUACACACACACACACAUGCGUGAUCCAUCCCUCGGGAUUACGGUUGAGGUCAAUGGUGGACAACGUUGACUAGCUGAUAAACUAACCCUGUCCCUGAAAGCUGCAAUUAUGGGAAAAUAACAUCGGAGUUCUUCCUCACCGAUUGGGACUACAGAUGACGAAAAUUGUGUUGGAAUUAGUCUGUUGGUCCGAAAACAGGCAUCGCACUAAACCACACGGAACCAUGGGACAUAAGACAAUCCGUGCUCUGCUCUGUGGAAGAAACGGGAUCAGGUUACGGUCGCUUUAAGACUCUUGAACAGCAAUGUUUCUUCAGACAUUUUGGGACUUUUGGCCUUGUUUAUGAUCCAAAAAAAACCUCUUCUCCGAUGGCUCAGCGUAAUCAGGACUGUUGCCCGGGGGGGGGGGGGGAGGAAUUCCUUGACCACAGUGUGAUCCAUUUCCAUUAAACACGGCAUAAUACUGUCAAGUCUUAUUGACCCCCAGAGAGACACAUCUGCUCCUUGUAGAGUCCCGUGCCGAACGUGUUUUAGGACACCCUCGCUCUGAACAGCGUCGGGGUCCUGAGGGCUUUCUGUUAAAAAGGUUAACCCAGGAGUUAAAAAGAAAAAAACACUUGAAUCUUGAUCAUAGCUGAAUUCACUUAAAAGUCCCAACUUCUGGUAAGUUGCCAAAUGCAAUAUAUGGGCAGUGCUAGGGGCAUUACUCCAGGUCAAUCAAAGCUGAAAAAAACAAAACAGUGCUACUUCUUUAUUUUCCUUUUCUUUCUCAACACUUGGUGUCCUACAAUGAAUCUCCGUCGACAAUGUUAAGGCUGAUGUUAAGGCUUUUGUUUUGGGUUGUUUCUAAGUUUUAUCUGACGAAUCCUAAUAACAGGACUCUGUAUAUGCUGCAUGCCGGUGGCUCUGGGGAGGGGGGUUGCGAAACAAACACGUGAGGCAGCAGGCAGGAUCGGAUGGGAUUCAGCCUUCUCUGCUCUCGCCCCUCACUUCGCUUUCGCGUCUGUCAGCACCACGUCUGCAAUGCAUGACCGCUCUCUUUGUUUUUGCUGAUGAAAGUAUUGAGUCAUCUGUGGUCUGGAAGAAAACAGCCAGGUGGAUGGUUUUUAGGGGGUGCCUAGCAAUCGCCCCCUUCCUCCGAUAGGUCCUUCCCCCUUGUUACUUCAGCAGAUUUCCCAAAGCUGUACGGUGGAGCAGUGAAACCAAACGAGCCUCUAAUCAAGAUUGUGGAAGAGGAGAUGAGUGGGGAGUUAUUCGACAGAAACAGGGUGUCAAUUAAUGGGAAGAUCAGAUGUUGUUGGUAUGGCUUUGAGCCUUUCUGGUUGUGCUGUCAGGGGCUGAAAACUAAAACUUGAUGGAGAACAGUGCUGGAUGGGAGACAGAGUAGAAAUAUGAAUGGAUGUGAGACGUAGUAGAAACCAUCUGAAUGGGUUUGAGGUUAAGUAGGGAUGGGAUAUACAGUGCCUGGAGGAAGAGUGUCUUGUUAAGGGACAUGGUUGGACACAUUGGAGAGUAGAUGUCUCUGGCUGUGAGUUGAAAUCUUUUCUGAAUACUGUCUAGUUCACGUCUCCAUUGUUGAAAUUCAAUGUAAUCCAAGUCCUACUUUGAUGGACAAUGUCAGCUUGUUGAGAGGUUAACCUUUGGGCGGUAGAGUAUAAGUUGGAAACUACAAUUUUAAGCACGUUUAAAUCAUAGAAAAUUUCGGGAAAAGGGUGGUUUUAAUUCACCCAAGUAGCAUUCUCUGCCCAAAAGGACAACAAUCACUUUCGGUUCCCUUACCCGUUGGUUAUUUGGUUUCCUCUCUUGUUGUGGCUCGAGUUAAAGGCCUGUGUUAAUUCAAUCUUGAUGUCCCUCCCUCUGUCUUCUGGUUGUGUGAUUGGCCGAUCCUUGAUGGCAUGGAGGCCAAAGGCAGCUGUGAGUGGACAGUGCAAGGUGUAACUAUAAAAUGGUUACAGGUGCAUGUAGUGACAUUAGAUGAGUGCAGAAUAAAUGCAGAUUUAGUGAAAGCUGAUGUUACGUUAAGCUGUGAUAGGUAGACGUAUAUAUUUUCUAAUAUAUAUUAUAUUAAGAAGGAAAGGUUUGAUGGUGCUUUAGGGGUUUAAUACAUCAUGGCUAUUUGGCAUGUUUGUCAUUGGCUGAGAUUAGUAUUUGGAAUCUGAAAAAUUGGGAGGAUGCAUGCAAGUUAAAUAGAAAAGGUGCUAUCCCUUAUGUAUUACCCAUUUAAAUAAAAAUGAUGGAUGAUUUCAACAACCAUAGUUAAUCUAUAAGAAAGGAAGUCGAUAAGGCUGAAAUGGUACCUGGCAGUGGUAGUCAGGAUAUUGGCUGGCCUGUAUAUUCGGCCCAUGACGUUGUUUUCAUGAGUUUCAACAAACAAUUUCAGUUGUUUUUGUUCCCCUCUGGGUGUUACAUCAUCCUCAUCACUUUGUUUUGGUUAUUAAAAGCCCUGGGAGCCUGGACUGGUAGACCUGGGAUACACAUCCACAAACACGUAACAAUAAUCCACAAGGGACCCCUGUGUUUGUUCUCGAGGGAGGUUUGCAUGCAACACCGCGGUGCAUGUGGAAAAAAAAAAGCCAAAGUACAAUUCCCUCAUUUUGACUGUCCCAAUACUUUCUAAUGCGCUGCUGAUGCAUGGUUGGAUGCUGCUUUCUCCUGCUUGAACUCCCUGUUUAGAAACCCACCAACAUGCACUCAGCCCAAACAUCAUGUCAGAGGCCCAUUCGACAAGGCCCUCAGGUUCAACAAAUCGUUGUUUAGUUCCAGCACGACGCGUGUGUAGUGAUUCAACACAGCCGCUCGCUUGUAUUGUGGGCAAGUACAACGCAUCAAAACAUGAUAAGUAUAAUAUUUCAGCUGUGACGCCGAGCUGUGUACACUGAUUUUUUGAAACUGACGAGCCCUUGCGAGGCAGAACUAAAUACUUGUGGUGCGACUUCAGUAUGUCUGUGAAAGUGUAACAGGGGGAAGUUACACGUCUGAGCUUGGCUUAUGGUGGCGGGCCCUUGGCCGGGGACUGUGGAAUGUGUUCACAGAGUGGCCUGCUGGGAGAUUGUGUUGUUUUCCUGCUUUUUUGAUUCCAUCAGGUGACUUGGGGUGACCGAGGUCAAUGAAUGUAAAAAGGGGUUUCAACUGAAAUCCCUUUAAGUUUCAUGGUUUAACAAGCCGGGGGGGGGGGGGGGUCUGACAUUGCACACGAACUUGCACAUAUAGUUGGUUUGAGGAAAAAAAAUCGUUUUUGCAAUAGAAGAUUGAAAUAUUUAUUUUUUUAAGCUUUCUUGUUUUAAAAGGACACUUUCACUUUAUUUAAAACUAAAUAACCAUCAUCCAACCAGUUUAUGUUGGCCUGAGUUAGUUUGAAAAAAAGUCUUAUUUACUGCUGUCGAGAGAGGAGAGUGGCUCUGUAGCACCUGAGUGGGUGGGUGAACAGUGGGAGAUUGUUGUGUGCGAUAUGCGUUUGAAAUAACUUACUUGUGCGUUUUACAAAAAAAUAAUCAUCUCAGCUGUCAUUGCAAGUUGUCUUGGGUUAUAGUUCUUGACGGCCUUUGGGUUUACACACACACACACACACACACACACACACACACACACACACACACACACACACACACACACACACACACACACACACACACACACACACACACACACACACACACACACACACACACACACACACACACACACACACACACACACAGAGAAAGAAAAAGAA